CUGCACCUUCUGCGAUUCUGGGGGAAGGGAGGGGAAGGGGAGAGAGAAGAGAGAACGAAGAGAGCGAGAGAGAGAGAGACCAUCUUCGCAUCAUCUUUUUCCGAAAAGUUGCAGAUCUGCAUUCCAUCGGGUACCAAUUAACUCCCGCACGCAGUGCUGUCCUUCGCUCCCUCUGCGUGGCAUGAUGCUGUUGGGCUUGGCCGUCACGCUCGCCCUCUGUGUCACGGGCAGCAAUGCCUUCACGUCGCCCACAGACACGACACAGGUGCCCCAGCAUGUAUGUCUGCACCGCCCGCACACACGCAUCAUCUCUGUCUGUGUACCUGUUUGUCUGUGUUGCUUUGCUUUGUUGCAGGUCCGUCGUCUGCAGCCUUUUGGCUCGUCGCUGUCGAAGUCGGAGUAUGACGACCUUUGUGGUUUGCUGGGCAACAACACAACGCUCACACUGCUCUACAAGUACGCAUACACAGACACACAGACACACACAUAGGCACACCUGUGCGUGCGCACGAGAGCAUCAGCAGUGGCUGUCUGUCCCCUUUGUGUGUGUGACAUACAGGUCCUCUUCUGCCGGUACUGCAUAUGGUGAUAUGCUGGCUUGUGUUGAGAACAAGCCCAACGUGGUGAUUGUCAUCCGCAACGCCCAGUACGCGUUCGGCGCCUUCAUCAGUGAGGGCAUCAGGCUGCCCGCCUUCAAUAGCACCACCGGCAUGAUGCCGAGGUGGCACGGGUACGAGAGUGACGUGUGGUUCUUCUCCCUGGCGGGCCACUACGAAAAUGCGACCAAGAUAGAGAUCGACCAGCAGAGCCAGGAUGUCCUAGUGGCAUCUCAGAUUUGGGGGAACCCGAUGGCUCCGUGUUUUGGGGGGCUUGUGCCUCGUUAUAAUGCGAGAGUGGUUGUCGGCAGGGACCUGUCGUUGGGCAGGUCCUUGUCGGGCGGUUGUUGGCCGUUGAGCACUGACGACAUCCGUAAGGGCCGUCAGUCCACCGACGCAAACGAUGUGCCUGAGGGCUAUAUGGGGGUGACGGAUGAGAAUGGCAAUGCUCUGCUGGGGGGCAGUCGGCAAUUCAUAGCUGACGAGAUAGAGAUUUUCGCUGUGAAGUGAGUGUGACGAGAUAGCCCAGCUUCUUAUCCCUCCCCCUGUCUGCCCCUGAGGUGUGCGUGUGUAUGUGUGUGUGCCGAUAUGAAUAUGUGGUUCAUCUGCUGGACUGCGUGCGGUGAGAUAUGUGUCUCCCCGCCUCUCUGUCUCCCUGCCUGCCUGAGUGAAUAGCAUGCUGUCCUGUGCGCGUCAAUUCAUGUCUGUCAGUGUGUGUGUGUGUGUAUAUGUGUGUGUGUGUGUUCCCUUUGUGUGACGGGAGUGCGUUUGUUUGUUUGUAUGAAGAAGUAGUCAUCGUGAAGUGGGUGAGUGAGUCGAGAGAGCCCUUGGCCCGUGUCUGUCGGUCUGUCGUCUGUCUGUCUGUCUGUCCUUCCUGGUGCGUGUGUCCGUGUGUGUGAGUUUGUGUGUUGAUGUGAUUUUGCGAAGUGCAUCUGUGGCCCUGUCCAUUUGUAGUGGAUUUCUGCUCGAUUGGGUGGAGGCUGUAGUGAGUUUCUGUUCUUCUGCAAGGGUCACUAUGAAUGGUCACCGCAAAAGAGCUUGCAAGCCAUCGGUCAGCCGGUCUAUUCAUCCCCGAGGGCCGAGACGCACACACUCAUGCACCAUAAUUGGUCGAUCAAUUCAGGCUCAACCAUAUCGCACACUUGCAAGUUGUCAUGUGAAUCUGUGUGAGACAUGACCACCAUUCGGUUGAUCUACUAUCAGUCAAUC